UAUUUUGGCUUUAAACCAAUGGCUGUUUUACAUUACACGAGUCAUUUUUUCUUGAAUUCAAAGUGUCUAAAUCACCUACUUAAUUCCAUGGUUGGCCAUCCCAAUCCUAAUUACAAUUGUAUUAUAUAAGAGAUUAGUUAUGGAUAAGAUUAAGGAUAUAUAGUUAAUAGUUUCACACGAACAAAGAGACUUAACAACUACCUUCAAAAACUAGUUAGUUAGACAUUGGAAAUUAGAAAAGCCUAUAAAAAAAAGAAAGGAAGCUAAAAAAUUUCAUGCACACAAUAGCUUCAAGUUUAUGAAGGAAAAUUUUGGAGUAAUAGAAAAUGGAUAUGAAGAAGAAUUGGUUUGGUUCAAGAAGUGAAGCAAGGUUAGGUAGGAGCUACACAAAGCCACACUAUGAUACCAAUUCAUCAAGCAACUAUAAUGGUAAAAAAACAGUGUGGCAGAAGAUUUGGAGAAAGAUGAAAAGAAAUAAGAAGAAAGUUUUCAAUUCUUCUUCUCCUACUUCUUCUACAGUGGAUGAUGGUGUGUAUGAUGAAGAAACAUAUUCAAUGAACUUUGAUCAAGGAACAGGGUGGAUGGAACCAGAUAAUCUUCCUCGUUCAUUCUCAGCUCGGUAUGCUGAUCCAUCUAGGAUCUUGCCAUCUAAACAUUUAUUAGUCUGAUAUGGUUACAAAUGUAAAACAAACAGAAAAAUAUAUUUUUUUCAUUCUUCUCUUGAUUUCAGAGUUCAUUUUUCUUCCUCUUCCUAAUUUUUUUAGCUUUGCACAAUCUGUGUGUAUUCAUGGAUAUUUUGCUUAUUCGAGAUACCAAUUUGAAUCAACUAAUAUUUUUAGAUAAA